AUGCCGCAGGCGGCGAGCAGCGACGCUGGCCUCGCUUGGUGGCAGCGCGCGGCGUGCAGCGUGGUCUCCGCCGGCCCGCUGCCGCGCCACGUCGCCUUCAUCAUGGACGGCAACCGCCGCUGGGCCCGCAACCGCGGCCUGCCGGUCGCCGAGGGCCACCGGAGAGGGUACGCAAAGCUCGAGGAGAGCCUGCGGUGGUGCGCCGAGCUGGGCGUGGCGGCGGUGACGUGCUACGCCUUCUCGCUCGAGAACUUCAAGCGCUCGGCCGAGGAGGUCGACACGCUCAUGGCGCUGAUGGGAGAGAAGCUCCGCUCGAUGCGGCGCGAGGACUCACUGAUCAUGACCCAGCGCGUGCGCGUGCGCGUGGUGGGGAACCUGGCGAGGGUGCCCGCCGACGUCCGCGCCGAGAUCGACGCCGUCACGCGCCUCACCUCGGCGCACGAGCGCGCCGUCCUCACCGUCUGCUUCGCGUACACUUCGCGCGAGGAGGUCGCAUCCGCCGUCUCCUCCCUGGCAGAGGCCGCCGCCGCCCGCACCCUCUGCCCGUCGGAGCUCACCGCCAGGAGCGCUCAGUCUCAGACGUUGCAGUCUCAGCCUGAUGCAGUGUACUGGACGUUCGUCGCCAUCGUCGCCUUAACACCUCUGCUGCUCUUUCUCAUCGCUGUGACGGCGAAGUGCAUGCUCCGGCGCGAGCGGCAGGAUAUGGGCGUCGGCGACGCUGAGAUCGUGAGCAUCUUGUGCAAAGCUCACACUGCUGACGUACGAGUGCGACUCGCAAUCACGUAUUUUACCCUCUGUUGUGCGUGGGCCAUUUACACAGUCACCGACCUCUCAGCCUACAUCAAAUGGCUUUUGGACAUGAGCUCCACGCGAAGCCAGGCGGUGUUCGACGAGCAAUGGUCGCUGCCUGCACCGCUCCUCGGGGUAAUCGACGGCAUAAUUCCCCGUCUGAUACUGUUGGCGCUCCGCCCAGUCGAUCGGGAAGGAAUGUGCGCCGUGGGAGCCUACUCUGUCGUGCAGGGCCUAAUUUGCCUAGCGAGCGACUACAACAUGUUCAAGCACCGGUACAUUCCCGAGGCCGAAGCCGCUGAGUGGAGCCCGAGAGCGACAGCCAUCGUCUGCUUCAUGGCCGGCACCUUUCCGAGGUGGUCCUUCUUCACGCUUGCGAAUCUCUCGGCAGCACUCUACCUGCUCGCUGGAGACGCGGUGCCCUUUUUUCUGCAGCAGUGCUGCUGGGGCUCGCUGAUCGGGACAUGCGUCGUGGUGCCCGUCUAUCUCUACCGCGGCCGCAUCCAACGCGGCGCGAUGUCCAUGGUGCUGCCAUCCGACGCGAACGGACUCGUCGCUGUUGCAGCUCUGAUGCGAUCUGGGCUCUCACCACGGGCGUUCGAGCAAAGAACGCUCGAGGCG